AUGCAGGAAGUACGUGUACAGUGCAACUGGGGCCAGUGGACAGCUGUGCAGGAAAUGCAUCAGCUGCUAUGUGCAGGUUUUGUCACAAAAGCAUGCACACCAGACAGUACCCAGCGCGUGUCUGACUUGAUACUGGAGAAGAGGUUCAUCACUUUCGAUGAACUAGAGAACGCAACAGGUUUAUCAUGUGGAACACUGCACACCAUCAUCCAUCAGGACUUGAAGAUGAAAAAGAUCUGUGCUCAAUGGGUGCCCCAUUCUCUCACCAUUGUGCAGAAGCAGAAGCAUGUGGAGACAUGCCAACAGUUGCUGCAGCUGUUUAGCGUGGAUCUGGUGGAGUUCUUUGAGCAUCUAAUCACUGUCAACUAG